AUGUCUCCAAUGAUGCCACAACGUCGAUUGAUACGAAUCGUUUUUCCACUCUUGAUCAAACCAGUCAUUCUUCUCAUGACGAUGCUCGGAAUCCAUAUUUUCUGGCUUAGAGUGAUCAUCCUCACUAAAGGUGAGAAUUACAACUCAUGGAAACGCUCCAUGACUGUUGCUCUUCUUGCUCGGAAUAAACUGAAGUUUGUCAAUGGCAAGAUCACUCAACCUGAUCCCGAAGAUGAUGACUACGAUGCCUGGAGUAGGUGUAAUUGGAUGGUCAUUUCUUGGAUUCUUCGUGUUGUUUCCAGUGAAAUUGGUGAUAGCAUCAUGUACCUUGAUGAUGCCUCUGCCAUUUGGUCUGAACUUCAUGAUCGGUUCCACCAAUAUAAUGGUCCCUGUGUGUUCGGGGUCAAGCGCUCUAUGCAGGUUCUAACCCAAGGCAGCAAUAUUGUCCAAGAAUAUUUUACUCGUCUUAAAGCUCUUUUGGAUUUGGUUCAGCAGUUCCGCCCACAACCUAUUUGUACUUGUGGCGCAAUGAAGACUAUUGUUGAUUAUCAAGAGCAAGAUCAGGUUCUUGAAUUCUUGGUGGGUCUCAAUGACUCUUAUUCCACUGUACAUUCUCAAUUAUUGAUGCAAGAUCCUCUUCCCCCCAUCAACAAAUUCUAUGCCACCAUUAUUCAAGAAGAGCGCCAAAGAGGUCUCAAUUUUGUCUCUACUGACUCUAUGGAUUCCAGCUCCUCUUCUACGCAAUUUAUUAGAAGUGUACAAUCUGCUCGACCCAAAGUUGUUUGCAGUCAUUGUGGGAUCACAGGCCAUGCCAUUAACAAAUGCUACAAGCAGCAUGGUUAUCCGCUUAGUCACAAACUUCAUGGGAAAGGAUGUGGUUCCACUUCUCAUUCAGGGAAAGUCGUUGUCAAUCAUUUUAAUGGAUCUGCUGCUGACAAAGUUCCUAAUUGUUAG